CUUUUCACAUUAUGAUCCCUGAGAGCAAGGACCAUUUUUGAAAUCUCACCACUUAGCACAUUGUCUAGCAUAACAUAGUGUCCAGUAAAUGCUUGAGUGAUGAAUGACUCUGGUCCUCUCUCCCUAAAGGCUGUGUUUCUUGAUGGGUUAGAUCAUAACUUGUUUGCUUUGUGUCCUUCCUCUAGCAUGGUACCUCCAGUGUGGCAUUGGUUAGUAAGCAGUGGGAACUCAAUAAAUAUUGACUAAAGGAGAGGGGAAUGCUCAACCCUGUGGUUGAGGAAGAUACUGUGACGGAUAUUCCACUGUGUUCCCUAGAAAUAGGAGAACUACCUAGAAAUUACACUGGGCUCAAGAUUUGGAAGAACCAGGAAGCUGAUUUUGGUUCUAAUUCUGCUUUCUGACUCCAUGGCUUUAGAUAAGUCCGUUUAGAGAUACCUGUAUGAUGGGAGUAAGAAUUAAUUUUCACUGUAUGAUGGUGAAGAUCAAGUAAGAGCAUCUGUGAAAACACUUUGUGAACUGUAAUAGACUAUAUGUAAAAUGAGAUUAUCACUCUGCUAUUUCUAAGCUUUAGCGAUUAGGAAGCAUAUUGAUGUCUUUACAAGCAGCACUGGCUCAUUACAGUGUUUUCAUGGUUUUUACUGCUGAGCAGCAGAAACUGAUAAUUUCAGCACUACCUGACUUUUAACUUUUAAUGAUUUCCUUUUGUAGAGGAUGGCUCUCAGUACCCUGUCUUCAUUGAUAUAUGGGGAUGAGAGGGAGCUGGAACAGAGCCAUGUUUUUCUUGACAGGCAUAUCAUGAUUUAAAGAUUCUGGCAUGCAUAUAAUUGUUUUGAAAUUCAUACUUAACUUAUGAGAACAUGGGGGGCAAGGAGCUUUAAGAUGGGUGGGUGAGGUGGGGAAGUCCUCAGGAUGUGUAUGUGAGUACCCCGAGACUGCAGAAUCUCCUUUCUCCCUGGAAUCCUUUGUCUGUUGACAGUAUUUCUCAUAUGGAACAAAAUUAGUCUGUUUGCAGAACAACAUCUUCCAGAACUAGUUCCUGAGCUUAUUACCCCAAUGGCAGCCUGUCUUUCCUUGAGUCAUUUCAUGAAUCCUUUUCCUCUAGAUGUUUGAGUUGAAAAACUGCCUUCUAAUUUUUGGCUGUGCUGGGCCUUCGUUGCUGUGUGGGUUUUCUCUAGUUGUGGCAGGAGGGGGGCUACUCUUCCUUGCGGUGCGCAGGCUUCUCAUUGCGGGCUUCUUGUUGCAGAGCACGAGCUCUAGGUACACGGGCUUCAGUAGUUGUGGCACGCGGGCUCAGUAGUUGUGGUGCAUGGGCUUAGUUACUCCACAGCAUGUGGGAUCUUCCCGGACCAGGGCUCGAACCCGUGUCCCCUGCAUUGGCAGGCGGAUUCUUAACCACUGCGCCACCAGAGAAGUCCCUGCUAUUAUUAUUAUAUGUCCUCUACUAGACUGUAAGUUGUGAGAGGACAAAUAAUAUAGAUAUUUUAUAUGUAUGUCACUACUGUGUCUCCUGCAUCUAGAGCAGUGUCUGGCACAUAGUGUCUGGCACAUUGUUCAGUGACUGAAUAAAUUACAUCUUUCUUUGGAUUGGUGGUCCCUUGGUGGUGUCAACAUGUGAAGCUGUUUCAGAUAUUAUAUCUACUUAUAUCCAGUUUUUGUGGGAAAGAGCAACAGAUCUUCCCAGAAGGAACUCCUUGUGCAUUUUUGGCUCUGACUGGGUUACAUGCCCAUCCAUGAAACAGUCAUUGUAACUUAGGGAAUGUUAUGUGUUGAUUGACUUGGGGUCUAGGCUAUUUGCUCAUCCACAUGGUCUGAAAUUGGAGUAGGGGUGAAUCUCUGAAUGAGUAUCAUUGGAUAUAGUGAGUGAAUGCUUGGCAGGAAAAAAAAAUCACAAUUUUGCCCUUGGUAAGACAUUCAAAUAGGGAAAUGGCUCAGGAGACCCUUAUGGUUCAAAUAUAAGAAAAUAUGCUGUCAUCAUAUAGAUUCCAGCAGGCCUUCUCAGGGGCUGUGUGUGGUGGUGGGGUUAGGAAGUCACGGUUCCCAGAAGCUUCAGGGGCAGCUAUGGCCUUCUUUUUAGUCAUCCAUUCAUCAGAACAUAGUGUCGAUAUUAAUUCUUGCUCCUUUCUGGUUCUGCAAUUCCCCUGUGGUGCCAAAUGUGCUCUCAUUCCAAAGGAUAAUCCUUUUGCAAGUAAUGACAACCCUUCUAAGCCUGGAGCUAGGCUCUGUAGGGCCCCACCUACAGGAUGUCCUGUUUACUGCCCACCACCCUCUCAGCUGUUGUAGUUUACUCUACGUAUGUCCAGAUGGAACUCCCUAGCUGGGAGGGUAUUCAUACGUGAAGCCUGAACCUUUGAGUAGAUUUGCUUUUCUAGGGACAGGAUUAUGCCAAUUUAUACACUUUCUCUACAGCAACAUAUGUAUAUAUGUAAAAGCCUAUGUAUGUAAAAGUCACAAGCAUCUGAGGAGAAAAAAAAAUUCUUAGUUUCCUAGGUGCUUCAGGGAGUAACCCUUAGUUUCUCAGGGACCUGAGAAUUCCAUUAUAUGCAUUUGUAUAUAUCUUCCUGCCUCCUUUUCCAGAAGAAUGUGAGCAGGCUCUAUUACCUCCAGCAUGUCUGUGACAUUCCAUUUACAGCCUUUUCAACCUUUACUCUAGGGCCUAUUUUUGCUUUUUUCCAAAAUGAGGAAGACCCUUAAUGUUAGAUGAGGAGUUCAAAUAUUAAUCUUAGAUGAGGAGUUCAAAUACUCGUACCAGAUCCUGGCAUCCAACAGUAGCUUUUGCUUUCCCUAGAAGUAAAGCGAACUUAAGACCCUUCACAAAAGAAUGGAACUUCUUCUCUUUCUCUCUCUCUGUGUGUGUCUCUCUCUGUCUCUCUGGACUUACAUUAUAUCUUGGUCUCUAUCCCUCCAGACUCUGAAUUGUAGACAGAAGAUUGGGCUGGAGGUAGGAUGGAAGAGUCACGGUGAUAAGGAGAGUUUCGUCCUGUACCUCCUCUUCCCUUUGACUGCAGUGCAUCGCCCGCAGCUUUCAAGUUUGCAUUGUUGAGGUGAAUUCCCUGGUGGUCCAGUGGUUAGGACUCCAUGCUUUCACUACCUAGAGCCGGGGUUCCAUCCCUGGUUGCGGAACUAAGAUCCCACAAGCCACCAGACGCUGCCCACACCCCCACCCCCCCAGACACAAAAAAGUUUGUAUUGUUGAAUUCCUGGGACUGAAUUGAGCCUAGUUUCUUGUUGGGUUAUGAUAAGGCAGCAGUCUAGGUAGGGGUCUAGGGGUGACAGCUGGGCCUCCUUGGGCUAAAGGCCUGGUUUCUGUUUACCAAUUUGCAAAAGAGCCAGGCUCCACAGCAAGAGUUGUAAAGUAGGGGACUAUUAACCUGCAAGUCCCUCGAUGGCACAUAUGAGAUGCCUAGAGCAUUUUCGUCCCAUAAACAGUACGAGCUUGAUAAACAGACUGAACAGUGCAUUCUAGGUGCAGUCACCUUUUUGACAAGGUCCUCAGAGCUUCUGAGCACCUACUGGCCAGUAGUGUAUUCAGGGAUGUCAAAGUUGACUCUUGCACAAUUACCCCUCAGUGCAUUCUAGAUGUGAUCGUAUUCUUGAAAGAAACCUAAAUUUAUCAGUAGUCACGUCAGAGCAUUCAGGCCUUUAAGUGCAAGUGGGAUCCAGAAUCCUGGAAGUGCUAUGAAGUCUACGUACGGCCCCUACGGGCACCGCGUUUAGAAACCUACGCUACCUUCCAGAAGCCUCAGACCCUGGGGCAGGCGCCAAAGCCUCUAAGAUUAAGUCCUCGAAGCCAGCAGCCAUGUCCACCCGAGACCCGGGGGUCCAGGGCAUCAGGCACUAAGGCAGACACCCCCGGUGCGGGCUGCGCAGGCGCGGGCGGCCCGGAAGGGCCCCGGCGCUCCAGGCUGCGCAGGCGCAGGAGCGGCUGCCGGCGAGUCCCCACGGCGGCGGCGGCGGCGGCGGCGGCGGCGGCGGCGACUGAGGAGCCGGGGCGUGGAGUAGCAGUGGCGGCGGCGGGCGGCAACGGAGCAGCCAUGAGGGCCGGGCCCAGUCACCGACAUGUGAGUGACUGCCUCAUGUUGUGUUGAUGCUGGUCUGCCAUGCUAGCCUGUCUACCAGGGCCAGGUGACCUGUCCUUUCAGCUUCUUUCUCACACGCAGAUGAACACUGGACUUCAGAAAUGGGACACUACACAGAAAAUGAGAACUGCUCACUAUCCUACCCCAGCCGAAUUGGACGCGUAUGCUAAGAAGGUCGCAAACAACCCACUGACUAUAAAAAUCUUCCCCAACAGUGUGAAGGUUCCCCAGCGGAAACACGUUCGUCGUACUGUGAACGGCCUCGACACAUCAGCCCAGCGCUACAGCCCCUACCCGACUCAGGCUGCCACCAAGGCAGGCCUGCUUGCCAUUGUCAAAGUGCCAGCCAAAAGCAUACUCAAGGACUUUGACGGCACCCGAGCCCGGUUGCUCCCUGAGGCCAUCAUGAACCCCCCAGUGGCGCCCUAUGCUACUGUGGCACCCAGCACUUUAGCCCACCCCCAGGCCCAGGCUCUGGCCCGCCAGCAGGCCCUGCAGCACGCACAGACCCUGGCCCAUGCCCCUCCCCAGACGCUGCAGCACCCUCAGGGUAUCCCGCCACCCCCGGCGCUGUCCCACCCUCAGAGCCUCCAGCAGCCUCAGGGCCUGGGCCACCCUCAGCCCAUGGCCCCAACCCAGGGCUUGGUCCACCCUCAGGCCCUGUCUCACCAGGGUCUCCAGCACCUCCCCACUCCCUUGCUGCACGGAGGCCGGAAGAUGCCAGACUCAGACGCCCCCCCGAAUGUGACCGUGUCUACCUCAACUAUCCCCCUUUCCAUGGCGGCCACCCUGCAGCACAGCCAGCCCCCGGACCUGAGCAGCAUCGUGCACCAGAUCAGCCAGUUUUGCCAGACGAGGGCAGGCAUCAGCACUACCUCAGUGUGUGAGGGCCAGAUCGCCAACCCCAGCCCCAUUAGCCGCAGUCUGCUCAUCAAUGCAAGCACUCGGGUGUCGACCCACGGCGUCCCCACACCAAUGCCUUCAUGUGUGGUCAAUCCCAUGGAGCACACCCACGCGGCCGCAGCCGCAUUGCCCGCUGCGGGCCCUGUCAACCUGCCCACGGGCAUCUCUCGAGCCCCCACUGGCUACCCUAGCGACCUCAAGCCAGUCGCCUGGAACCAGCACCAGCUGGCCCACCUACAGCAGAUGUGCAGUGAGGCCGGCGGGACGCCGGCCCCUGGCCUGACAGGCAAGCAUGCGGCAGGACGCGAGUUGGCGGGGCCUGGCUUUGUGGGCAAGGCCCCUGCCUACCCGCAGGAACUGUGCAUGGCGCAGGCUUUCCAUCUGAAGCCACCCCUGGAGAAGCCAACCCCAUCCCCACCAGUCAACGGCCUGGCAGCCCCACUGGCCUACCCUAAUGGUCACUACUUCCAGCCCCUGUGGAACAACAUUCUGCCCACUCCCAAUAGCGACAGCUCGGGGUCUCAGGACCUCGCCGUGCCGUUCCACAGUGGGCAGCCUGCGGGCGCACCCCUCGACUGCGCGGCGGCUGGGGCCCACUACCGGGCAGGGACCGGGGGCGGGCCGGUGGCAAGCCAGAACAGCCUGGUGCAGACAGUGGAUUACCUAAGCGGGGAUUUCCCGCAGGCCUGCUUCCGAGACCAGAGCCUGGCCGUGCUGAGCAAGGCCCACCGAGCCCCUGGCAGCCGAGCCCCUGAUCCCACAGAUAGUCGAAAUCUUCAUAUUCAGCACCCUGGGUAUAGAUAGGUAGCCCUGGUGCCCUCCACAAGCUACACAUCAUACGUCACCCUCCUAGGUUUAGUCUUACUUUUGAGUAAUUGGAUAGUUUCAAAGUUUCACUGUUCCAACGUGAUCAUUCUUAGAUGUCUAAGAAAGGGAGUUUAGUGGGAUCUAAUUGAGGACAGAGGGGGGUCCUCUUUGCUCUCAUCUUCCUCUCUACCAGCCUCAGCAACUUUUGGGUUUAUGUUGGGACCUCAUCCCAACUUCAGGCUUUUCUCUCCAAUGCCUGCCUGUCAGUGCAGUUCUUCCCCCACCCCCACCUCGGCCAUUUCCCACCAGCCCCCUUUUGUCUGUUCCUGCACCUCUCACUGUUUCUCUUUGGACUGAGGUGUGGGCUAAGGGAAGGGCCCCCUAGGUCAGGUAGCUGUCAGUGCCCAGCCACCUAAGCUAGGUCUCUCCCUGUCUGUCUCUCUGGGACUAAGAAGCCAGACCUCCCAAGUGCUCUGAAAGCCAAUUCCUUGUUUACCCAAAGACCUCAAAUCAAAACUGACCCAGUCUGCAUCUCCUCCCAGCCCUUCUCCUUUCCUCAAGGCUUUGUUUUACAUCUGCAUUGAUCCCAGAGCCACUGCACUUGUCCUUGCCACACUCCUCAAGGGCAUCCUGCAGCACGUGGCCAUAGCCUUGAGACCAAGGGGAAAAAAAACCUGUGUUUGGAUUGAUACCUUCGUUCCUGACUCCCUUUCCCUGCCUAGAGAAAUGCCGAGACCAUCCAGCAUACCCAAGAUCUUUCUUGCUGCUGUCUCUCUCCUAAGUCAUCUGCUGCCCUCAUCCCCCACUCCCCCCUCAAAAAAAAAAAAAACGCAAAACAAAAAAGUCUUUCUUGAGGGAUUAGGUAGUAGGUAUGGGAUGAUCACAUUGGAGUUUGGAAUUAAAAACACUGAAAAAAAAAAGUGCAUUUGGUUCUCUCUACACUGGCUAAGAAUAUUGCUCUACGCUGUAAGUUUUAAACGUCCUGUUUCUGUAUGAAUGUAGUGUGGGUUUGAGUAGCAAUGUGUGUGAGUGGCCCCACAGGUGCAUCCACUGUCUAGUCACCUUUCACAGCCCCUCAGUUUAACGAAGAAAACACAAAGCCUUAAGCUCUUUGAAUUCUCCUUUACCAAAUGAGCAUGGUUCUAACAGCUGGAGAUGGGCCUCUCUUGGAAACAGCCCCUUCUGCCCCUCGCCCUUUCUUCACCCACUCCAUGCUCCAAGUCUCAUUCCCAGGUGACAGUUAGUUGGCUAGAAAUUUAAAACUUUUCUGUAACUUCAGAUUAUGUUUUGUUGUAAUGUUUUGCACCCUUCUGUUAAAGAUGCAUAGUUGGGCUUUUUUUUUUUUUUAAACCAAAUAAGCCCUACCCUUUCCUCUUGUCUCUGGGGAACGUGAGCUUUCUUAUUUAAGAUUUGGGGUUUUGUUUACUAUACGAUCCACUGUUCUUUAGCCAGAAAUUCUCUAGUGAUCUGAAGCAGUGUGACUGAAGACCAGUUUUUAAAUUAUGCGUUGGCAAGUUGCCUUAUAUUUAAAAAGAGAAAAAAAAGGAAAAAAAUGCCUGAUUGUGUUAUGCCAAAUGAUAGCAACAUGAAGUCCUAACUCAUUGUUCCCAGUGGUUUUCCUGCCGUCUGUGAACACUGGCACCUCCCUGUCCUGAGCCCCCAGGAGUACCUGCAGCUUCUGGUGCGAUGCCUUCUCCCUGUGUGUUGGCCACCAUCUCACCCAGGGGCCCCUCCCAGUUCUUGCUUCUCUGAGUUAAAUUCUCUGAAUGAACACCAUUGUCUCCCUUUAUCCCUUGCUUGAUCUCCAAACCAGAUAUUUUUGCUGUAAUUUGUUCCAAUGCCUCCCCCCAAAAGGUGAGCUGCCCUUUUAGGAAAUUGGACCAGACACCAACUUGGGGGCUUAAAAUCAAACCUCAAACCCAUCUCUUCCUGUGUAGGGGUGCAAGCGUCUGAAGCUCUCACUCCCACCCCUAGUCUGCAUGGAAAAUGUACUGUGACCCCCCUGCCCCCCAUCUACCCUCGCCUUUGGUGUGAGAUGUUUCCUAGUUCACCCUGAGCCCCUCUUGCCAGCCAACCCCCAACCAGCAAUAAGGGUCCAAGCCAGGGCCUCCUAUCCACACCCCCUGCCUCCAUUCCACACUGCCCCUAGAAGAUACCUGGAUCCUCAUGCCGCCCACAUACUGUAGCAUUCAUUCUCCAUCUCCUUCAUCUUCUCACCUGUGGUGGUUAAUGGGCGUGAUGGGGUUUUUAAGAUUAUUAUAAACCAGUAAAAAGAAAAAAACUCACCUUUGAUCUUGUCCUAUUCGUUUAAUGCUGUCAGUGUUUGAGAUGAUCUUUCUUAACGGUUUUUAACGUCUUAAGAGAAUUUCUCAUUUUUAAGGGGACCCCUAUAGUAUUUGUCCCCGUCAGAAGCCCUCCCACUCCAUUAUCCCAGACCAGGUGUGUUCAGUCAGCCCCUGGAGGGCACCUGGCUGACUGGCCCUCUCCCUAGGCAGGGCUGCAGGGGGCUUGGUGGGAUUUGAUGGUUAAGUAUGGUUCGCUACCCCUCACUGGAGGUCCAGUUCAAUGUAAUGCCACUUUCACUCCAAGGACUAUCCGUCACUGAAAAACGGGGACCUGGUUUGCUAAUAAGCCAGCUUAAGACUAAACGACCCUUCCCCCCACCCCACAACCUUCUCCCACCUCGAACAUUUUGGAAUUUGAGGACCUCUGGCAGGUGGAAGUAAUAGGUGGUGUGAUCUGUAGCAUGAGAAGUGGUCCUCUUGGUGGUUUGAAUCUUAAAGGUUGAGUACUGAUGGGAGAACUUUCUUCUGUCUGCAGGGGAAAAAAAAAAUCCAAAAGAGCUAUUUAUGUCCCCUCCUCCCUCUCCACUUUCUGCUGCGUUUGGGUCUGGGCUAAGAUGUGAUGGAGGGAAGGAAAGAUCCCACAGGUUGUGGGACUCAGUGAGGGUGGAAUCAGAUGGUUAGGUGGCUCGAGUUGAAAGCACCCUCCUGAGCAUGCCCUUUUCUGUGGGGUGCCCUUUUGUGAAGGUGCUUUGCCUCCUUUACUCCUCAUCCCAUCCCUGUGAAAGAAAACCCUCUUCUGCCUGUGUCAAAUGAGACCUACAGUCAGCCUAGGGUCACAGGGCUAGACAGAGCAGAUGGUUGAGUUGAGCCCAGCUCACGCUGUGAGGCAAAAUCUGGCCUGAGUUCCACAAGCAAUUAUGACUGUCUGCAAAGGCAGUGAAUGAGGGCUAGGCCUGGGCAUGGGGUCAAUCGCAAUAUCCACUGCAGGGAACUGAAGGCGGCACCAGCCGCCUUUGUGAACCUACCGCCUGGAAUGGUGCAGUGGCACAGUGCUGCCAGCAGAGGGAGCCCAAGCUUGACCCGGGGGUUCUGGCUUCUCUUGGAAGGCUUCUGCAGAAGAGUGGUUCUACCUGUUGCUGCGUGAAGCCCGUGCUUAGGUGAAGGCAUUUCCCCUGCUAGAGCCCAUGGUCGGUCUUCUCUACCAGCUUCCAGGCUUCACAGUACCACGACAGUUUAGAUGAAAGAGCCAUCUUUACUUUCUCAGCAAGGCAGCCAGGGCUUCAUCUCUCCCUAGAUCAGUGAAUUUGACCUUUUGAAGGCUAAGUUGGUUAGUUCCCUGGGCUGGCUGUCUCAGGCUCAGACCUUUCCUAUCACCUUCUGAUAAGGGCUCUUUUCACCUGAGUCUCUGGGAAAGUAGAAAAGGCAGGCUACAGCCCUUGAACCUUCUCCGUACUAAACAAUACUUCCCAUACACUGGGCCUCUUCUCAGGGCCAGGCAAGAGUAAGGCACUUUAUGCUGAUGAGUUAAUCUUUACGAAUCUAGCAGGAUUACUUUAAUUUUACCAGUAAGGAUGCCCCAUGUAGCUAAGUAACUUGCCAAAAAAGCAAGCACAGCAAGGAUCCAAAAUCAAAUCUACUGCCAAAAUUAAAGGAAGCUAAUCUUCUAGUGACUGCUGGAGCUUAAAACAGAAUCCAGUGACGGGGGUGGG